AUGGCUCCCCAAGCCCAGGGACUCCUCUCCAAUCCUGGGACCCCUCAAAGUCCUAUCAGGCUCACCCACCCGUACUCAGGAUACACCAUUGACACCCCGGACCCCCCUGCCACCACCAAGGAAAACCUGGAGGCCCCAGGCAUUGAGCCCCAGGGGAACGUGGUGCUGCGCCCUGCCCAGUUCACAGUGGAGACCCUCGAGGCGGGGAUGGGUGAGGUCCUUGUCUAUGUUGAGGACCCCGAGGGACACACUGAGGAGGCCAAGGUGGUCCCCAACAAUGACAAGAAGAGAACAUACAGCGUCACUUACGUCCCCAAGGUCGGGGGGCUGCACAAGGUGACAGUGCUCUUCGCGGGACAGAACAUUGACGGGAGCCCCUUUGGGGUGAACGUGGGCAUGGCCCUGGGUGACGCCAGCAAGGUGACGGCACGCGGCCCCGGCCUGGAGCCCGUGGGCAACGUGGCCAACAAAACCACCUACUUCGACAUCUACACUGCAGGGGCUGGCUCGGGCGAUGUGGGGGUGGUGAUCACAGACCCCCAGGGCCGGCGGGACACGGUGGAGGUGAUGCUGGAGGACAAGGGAGACAACGUGUUCCGCUGCACCUACCGGCCCGUCCUCGAAGGGCCACACACCAUCUGUGUCACCUACGCUGGCACCCAGGUCCCCAGGAGCCCCUUCACCGUCAAUGUGGCUGAAGCCUGCACCCCCUCGGCGGUCCGGGCCACGGGCCGGGGGCUGCAGCCACGGGGCGUCCGAGUGCAGGACGUGGCUGACUUCAAGGUCCUGACACGGGGUGCGGGCAGCGGGGACCUGCGGGUGACACUGCGGGGACCAGCGGGGGACAAGGACAGGAUCUGGGGGUCCUGGCCCAGGCACAGGGUAAUGGUGGCUGCGGUGCCCCCAGGGUUCUCCAUCGAGGGCCCAUCCCAGGCGCGCAUCGAGUGCGAUGACAAGGGCGACGGCUCGUGCGAUGUGCGGUACUGGCCCACCGAGCCAGGGCUCUACGCUGUGCACGUGGUCUGUGAUGAUGAGGACAUCCGGGACAGCCCUUUCAUGGCUGAUAUCCGCCCCGCUCCCCCUGACUCCUGGCCCGACAAGGUGAAGGCCUUUGGGCCAGGGCUGGAGCCCACUGGCUGCAUUGUGGAUCGCCCGGCCGAGUUCACCAUCGACGCCCGUGGUGCUGGCAAGGGGCCCCUCAAGCUCUAUGCACAGGACGCCGAGGGCUUCCCUAUUGACAUUAAGGUGAAGGACAAUGGUGAUGGCACCUUCCACUGUGUCUACGUCCCCACCAAAGCCAUGAAGCACACAAUCAUCGUCGCCUGGGGGGGUGUCAACACCCCCAACAGCCCCUUCCGUGUGAGCGUGGGCGAGGGCAGCCACCCCAGCAGGGUGAAGGUGCAUGGGCCAGGUGUGGAGAAGACAGGGCUGAAGGCCAACGAGCCCACCUACUUCACCGUGGACUGCAGUGAGGCUGGACAGGGUGACGUCAGCAUUGGCAUCAAGUGCGCCCCAGGAGUGGUGGGGCCGCUCGAGGCUGACAUCGACUUUGACAUCAUUAAGAAUGACAAUGACACCUUCACGGUCAAGUACACAGCGCCGGGUGCAGGGCUCUACACCAUCAUGGUGCUCUUUGCCAACCAGGAGAUCCCCUCCAGCCCCUUCCGCAUCAAGGUGGACCCAUCCCAUGACGCCACCAAGGUCAAAGCCGAGGGACCUGGGCUCAGCCGGACAGGUGAGGGGCCAGCCCCCCUGGACGUGCGGUUCGUGGGGACGGGGCCUGGCCCAGCGGUCGCUGACUUCGAGGUCAUCGACAAUCAUGACUAUUCCUACACGGUCAAGUACACCCCGCUGCAGCAGGGCCCCCUGUCUGUGGUGGUCACCUAUGGAGGGGACCCCAUCCCCAAGAGCCCCUUCCCCGUCACUGUGGCUCCCCCCCUGCAGCUGGGCAAGGUCAAGGUGCAGGGGCUCAACAGCAAGGCGGAAGUGGGGCAGGUGCAGGAGUUCCAGGUGGAGACACAGGGUGCAGGAGGCCAGGGGCAACUGGAGGUGAAGGUGACGGGCCCCUCGCGGCGCCCCGUGCCCUGCACAGUGGGGCCUGCGCCCCCCGGAGGCCCCCACCCUGUCACUUUCACACCCCCCGAGGAGGGGCCCCACCGUGUCGAGGUCACCUACGAUGGGCACCCGGUUCCAGGCAGCCCCUUCCCUGUGGAAGCUCUGCUGCCCCCUGACCCCUCCAAGGUGGUGGCGUCUGGGCCCGGGCUGAAGGGCGGCCGUGUCGGGGUCCCAGCGCCCUUCUCCAUUGCCACGCAAGGCGCGGGCAGUGGGGGGCUGGGGCUGACAGUGGAGGGGCCCUGCGAGGCCAAGAUUGAGUGCCAGGACAACGGGGAUGGCUCCUGUGCCGUGUCCUACCUGCCCACGGCACCUGGAGAGUACCACAUCAACAUCCUCUUCGCUGGGCACCACAUCCCGGGCAGCCCCUUCACGGCUGCGGUCACGGCGCCCUUCGACCCGGCCAAAGUGACGGCGUCGGGGCCGGGGCUGGAGCGCGGCCGUGCGGGGGAGGCGGCUGCCUUCUCCGUGGACUGCUCGCAGGCCGGAGAGGCCGAGCUCACCAUCGAGAUCCGCUCCGAGGCCGGCGUCAAGGCUGAGGUGCUGGUGCAGAACAAUCGUGACGGCACCUAUGCCAUCACCUACACUCCAGCCUGUGCCGGCGCCUACACCAUCACCAUCAACUACGGCGGCCUCCCGGUCCCCAACUGCCCCGUGCGCGUCACUGUUGACCCAGCCGUCGACACCAGCAGUGUCAAGGUCUACGGCAAAGGCGUGGAGCCGCGAGGGGUGCUGCGGGAGGUGGGCACUGAGUUCACGGUGGAUGCGCGGGCGCUGGCCCCCACCGGGGGACCCCACAUCCGUGCACGGGUGCUGAACCCCUCCGGGACCCCCAUCGACACCUUCGUCACUGACCUUGGCGAUGGCACCUACCGCGUGGAGUACACACCUUUCGAGGAGGGGCUGCAUCUGGUGGAGGUGACAUAUGAUGACGUGGCAGUCCCCAAGAGCCCAUUCCGUGUGGGGGUGGCCGAGGGCUGCGACCCCACACGCGUUCGGGCGCACGGCCCUGGCCUGGAGGGCGGCCUGGUGGGCACGGCCAACCACUUCACUGUGGAGACCAGGGGUGCAGGCACUGGGGGAUUGGGCCUGGCCAUUGAGGGUCCCUCGGAGGCAAAGAUGUCCUGCAAGGACAACAAGGAUGGCAGUUGCGCAGUGGAGUAUGUCCCCUUCACGCCUGGUGACUACGACGUCAACAUCACCUUCGGCGGCCACCCCAUCCCUGGGAGCCCAUUCCGGGUGCGAGUGCGGGAUGCUGUGGAUGCCUCAAAGGUGACGUGCUCAGGGCCAGGGCUGGGUCCCAGCGUCCGAGCGCGGUUGCCCCAGAGCUUCACCGUGGACGUGAGUGCCGCAGGACAUGCAGCCCUUGAGGUGACGCUGCUGGGGCCCACUGGGCUGCCGGAGCCAGUGGAGAUCCGAGACAAUGGUGAUGGCACCCACAAGGUCACCUACACCCCAGCCAGUGACGGGCCCUACACCGUGUCUGUCAAGUACGGGGGGCAGGAGGUGCCACGCAGCCCCUUCAAAGUGACGGCGCUGCCCACCCACGAUGCCAGCAAGGUGCGGGCAAGUGGCCCCGGGCUGAGUGCAGGAGGGAUCCCUGCCAGCCUCCCCGUCGAAUUCACCAUUGACGCUCGUGAUGCUGGCGAGGGAUUGCUCACGGUGCAGAUUCUGGACCCCGAGGGGCAGCCCAAGAAGGCGUCAAUCCGGGACAAUGGGGACGGCACCUACACAGUGUCCUACGUGCCCGAUGUGCCCGGGCGCUACACCAGCACUGUCAAGUAUGGGGGCGACGAGAUCCCUGCAUCGCCCUUCCGUGUCCUCGCCGUGCCCUCUGGCGAUGCCAGCAAGUGCCUCGUCACAGGUGCCUGUCUGGGCCCCACGAUCCAGAUCGGGGAGGAGACCGUGAUCACUGUGGAUGCAAAGGCAGCGGGACAGGGCAAGGUCACCUGCAAGGUGUCAACGCCUGAUGGUGCUGAGCUGGACGUGGAUGUGGUGGAAAACCACGAUGGCACUUUUGACAUCUUCUACACCGCACCCGAGCCCGGCAAAUACGUCAUCACCAUCCGCUUUGGCGGGGAGCACGUCCCUAACAGCCCCUUCCAUGUCAUGGCCACGGAGGAGCCCCCAGCCACCACUGAGAACCUCCGGCCCUUUAACCUCGUCAUCCCCUUCACGGUGCAGAAGGGUGAAAUCACAGGUGAAGUGCGAAUGCCCUCGGGGAAGACAGCGCGGCCCAACAUCACGGACAACAAGGACGGGACGGUGACAGUGCACUAUGCCCCCUCCGAGAAGGGGCUGCAUGAGAUGGACAUUCGCUAUGAUGGCAACCACAUCCCUGGGAGUCCCCUUCAGUUCUAUGUGGAUGCCAUCAACCCACGCCAUGUCAGUGCCUAUGGGCCUGGGCUGAGCCAUGGGAUGGUCAACAAGCCAUGCACAUUCACCAUUGUCACCAAGGAUGCUGGCGAGGGUGGGCUGUCGCUAGCGGUCGAAGGUCCCUCCAAGGCGGAGAUCACUUGCCAAGACAACAAAGAUGGGACAUGCACAGUGUCCUACCUGCCCACAGCCCCUGGCGACUACAGCAUCAUUGUGCGCUUUGAUGACAAACACAUCCCGGGCAGCCCCUUCACUGCCAAGAUCACUGGGGAUGACUCCAUGCGCACGUCCCAGCUCAAUGUGGGCACCUCAACUGAUGUGUCACUGAAGAUCGCAGAGACAGACCUGAGCCUGUUGGCGGCUACCAUCCGUGCACCGUCGGGCAACGAGGAGCCAUGCUUGCUCAAGCGGCUGCCCAACCGCCACAUCGGCAUCUCAUUCACACCCAAGGAGGUGGGCGAGCAUGUGGUGAGUGUGCGGAAGAGCGGGCAGCAUGUCACCAACAGCCCUUUCAAGAUCCUGGUGGGACAGUCAGAGAUUGGUGAUGCCGGCCGGGUCAAGGUGUGGGGCCAGGGGCUUCUGGAGGGCCACACCUUUGAGGUGGCUGAGUUCAUCGUGGACACACGCAGUGCUGGUUACGGCGGGCUGGGCCUGUCCAUUGAGGGCCCCAGCAAGGUGGACAUUAACUGUGAGGACAUGGAGGAUGGCACCUGCAAAGUCACCUACUGCCCCACCGAGCCCGGCAACUACAUCAUCAACAUCAAGUUUGCUGACAAACAUGUCCCAGGGAGCCCCUUCACGGUGAAGGUGACUGGUGAGGGGCGGAUAAAGGAGAGCAUCACACGCCGGCGACAGGCACCCUCCAUCGCCACUGUUGGCAGCACUUGUGACCUCAACCUUAAGAUCCCAGGGAACUGGUUCCAGAUGGUGUCGGCGCAGGAGCGGCUGACGCGCACGUUCACGCGCAGCAGCCACACGUACACGCGCACGGAGCGCACUGAGAUCAGCAAGACGCGUGGCGGCGAGACCACGCGUGAGGUGCACGUGGAAGAAUCGACCCGCGUGGGCGGCGCCUUCCCCCGUGCGCCCCCGGAGCCCUUCGGUGCCUUCGGGGCCUUUGGGACCCGCGAGGGCAUCGGUGCCUUUGCAGCCCCUGCGCGCGCACACGAGGGUGAGGCGUCAGCACAGGAGCUGUCGGCGCAGGUGCUGAGCCCAUCGGGGCAGCGGCGCGAGGCCGAGGUGGUGCCGGGGGGUGCGGGGGUGUACAGCGUGCGCUUCGUGCCCCAGGAGACG